UGUGUGUGUGUGUGUGUUCGGAUCAAUAUGGCGUGCACGUAGAGGCUGUUUUCCAGGCCUUAACCAAUCAGGACGCAGCAAUCGAGCUCAUUCUACAAACCGAAAGUUUCUAUCGCGAAAUCCAAAGGAUGUGGUCGGUUGAUGCAGCUAUCCUUCACAAGCACAGCCGGAGCCCGAAGCGCAGGAGGUUAUUUGCUGCACACAGCAGUUGGACCGAAUCAUCCCGAGAAAAAAAUAUCUUUCUAUACAAAUAAAUAAACAAAAGAAGACGGACAUGGUUCCAUGGUGGAAGAAAAGUAGGUCGGCUACCUCUGCUUCUGACGAACCAGCGGAUCAUGACCACGCCCCCGCUGCGCAGACAUCCACCAAAGUGCAGACGGAGCCCCAGAAUGAAGACCCACCGCCGGCUCUGGAACAUCUGGACCUGGAACAAUUGGCCGCGGUUCUGCGUGUGUAUCCGGACGCCACUGCCAGCGCCGAAGUCCUCAUCAAGCGGUCCGCGGAGAAGCACUUCCCCUCGCCGCCGCCAGGGGGCGACAUUGUGUUAACCUCGGAGCUGCUUAAGGAACACCUGAACGAUGUGAGGCGGGCCGUGCACAACGAGCUGCAACGGCUGAUACCUCUGCGCGAGAAGAACAAGAACCUGGCCGGUCUGGUGCCGUCGUACCACCGACGCGCGAUGGACCUUGUGCACACCCUAGUCGAGAGAAUCUCGGCGUCACAGCAGGCCUUUGUGCUUCUGGAGUGGCUCUGCAACGCCUACUUUAGUCGGGGGUUCCUGGGAGACCCAGACUUCAGUGAGAACCAAGAGAGGAGUUCCGUGGACAUGAACCUGUACUCUGAGACGGUCGUAUGCGUCAACCAAACCCUCCGGACCACACUGGAGCGGGACGUCCAGAGUUCUCUGGAUGAGAUCAUUAAGCGCCAGGGAUCAGAGUUUUGGAGGUCCUGGGAACUCCACACAGACGUCAUUAAGUGCAUCGAUGGACCGAUUGUCAGAGCGGAGUCCAUCAGUGAGAACGUGCAGAAGUUCACCCGGCAGGUCUGCUACCUCAAACUCCUGGAGUUUCUAGAGAGGUUCACAACGGCCAAACAGGAACUACUGAAAAGAUACGACAAAUCUCCCAAGAUGAUCGUGGAGACCUGCCUCAAGACACUCAACACGCUCCACGGCCUCGUGAGCUACAUCCAACCCUCCACUGAUGGAGGGACCAAGGACCUCCCAGCGGAGACCCUGUCCUCACUGAGGGCAUUGGAGACCGCCGCCAGGACCCCCAUGGGAGAGGCUCUCGUUACGAUCAUCAAGGAGCGCCUGAAAAGCCAUUUCAAAAGCAGAGAGGAGGAUUUUUUGCUGACGGAGAUGAAGGAGAUGUUCAGUGCUGAAGACUGUUGUCCAGACGUCCAGAAGGAGGCUCUUGACCUGGCCUAUGAGCAGGUGAGUGCCUUGUACCAGCUGAAGCUGGCCAGCAGCAAGAAGAAGGAGCUAGAGAAGCGAUGGGGUCGUGACGUGGGUCAGAAAGUAACUCAGGACGCACAACAUCUUCAUAAGACCUUCUCAGACCUGCACCCUGGUGUCAGACAACAGAACCAUGUGCUCCUGAAGGUGGAGGAGCUGAUCCAGAGCCAGGACGUGGACUCAGUGAAGCUCACCCUCUCUGAGAUGAUGCAGCUCUGCCAGUCGGAGGAAUCUAAGAAAUGGUUGCCUUCUCUGUUGAAGUGGAACGGCCUUUCUGGAGCUCAGGUACAGGAGGUCCUGGAAGCAGUUCAGGAGCCGAACACCAGAGAGACCAGAACAUUGUUCUCAUGUAUCCCCAUCUAGCGACCAGUGACACUAGUCGGACGAUGGUACCAGAUUAGAAAACUCUGCUGGCUGAAAACAAUACAAAUGCAUUAAAUAGGUUAACGUACGCGUUAACCUAGGAUACGGUAUAUUUAUCAUUUACGUUUACAUUUGGGGAAUUUAGCAGACGCUUUUAACCAUUACGUUUUUUCAGAAGAAUGUCAAACAAUAUAUCGCUGUCGUACAGUUACAGUACAGUACAGGUACAGUAUCGCUAACAAAAACUCAUGAUGCAUUCUGAUAUAUUCGGCUCUAUUGUUGUUAUUUAUUGGAUGAUUUUAAAUGAGAACAUUCACAAUCAUGUUCUCAUGAUUGUGGGGAUACAUGAGAACAUUGUUCUCAUGUAUCCCCAUCUAGCGACCAGCGACUCUACUCUGCCGAUGGUACCAGAUUAGAAAACUCUGCUGGCUGAAGACAAUACGAAUGCCUUAAAUAGGUUAACAUACACGUUAACCUAGGAUACGGUAUAUUUAUCAUUUACAUGUACAUUUGGGGAAUUAAGCUUUUAACCAAAGCGACUUACAAUAAGUAUGUUUUGUCAGAAGAAUGUCAAACAAUAUAUCGCUGUCGGUACAGUUAGGUACCAAAGCGACUUACAGUAAGUAUGUUUUGUCAGAAGAAUGUCAAACAAUAUAUUGCUGUCGGUACAGUUAGGUACAGUUACAGUACAGUACAGUUACAGUAUCGCCAACAAAAACUCAUGAUGCAUUCUGAUAUAUUCUGCUCUAUUGUUGUUAUUUAUUGGAUGAUUGUAAAUAGUUAAUGUCAAUGAAUCAAUAAAGUUUGCGAAGCAUCCAUACA